AUGCUUUGCAAGGCAUUUACUUUAAGGGACACCGAAGAUUGGGAUUCAUCCCCUAACACGAACAAUCCUGCCGAAUCGUUGAAUAGGCAAUCAAUUCCUGAGGGUAGCAAUAAUAUAGCAGUCCUCCUGAAAAACAUCUACCUGGAAGACAGGUUGCACGCUGUAAAAAUAGUGGCCAAAGAAAAGAAUAUCAACAUUGACUACAGAUCAAGAAGUCAGCAAGCCAAUCCCAACAAGCGGAAACGAAAACGUUCAAGUCUUGUCAAAGUCGAUGAAAGAAAAGCCAUGCUAGACUUAACUCCCUCAGACAAGCGCCGCUGUCUUCUCAAUAGUAAACGGAGCAACAGACGAAAAACAGGUCAAGCUUUGAUAGGUAGUCAAAUAGAAGUGGAGUACCAAGAAGAAAAU